GACGGCAUUAACAGUUAUAUCGGUCCCUCCUUAUCACUGAGAUAAGGUCUGAAUAACGUGUUAUAUGUCCGAUGUUUAGUCCAGAUUAAGUGGAAUUUACAUGAUCAUGAAGACUAUAAUUUCAAUUUUAAUAAUAGCUGUUUUACAAGGCGUAUCAUUGGCGAUACCAGCCUUAGGUCAUGGGGCUCUGGCAGGGUACUGUGACACCAGUAGCCAGUGCGGGGAAGGCGAAUGUUGUGUAAGUUUUAACCAACCAAGAGGACGUAGGGUAGUCUUAGACCACCUAGACUAUGAUCUUAUGCAGUAUGCACAUGGAAGCUGUAAGAAGAUGGGAACGCAAGGGUCAAGAUGCAUAGUUGAUGAAUUGAAAACAGGAACAGCAGGCCUGUAUUACGACUGCCCAUGUAAUAGUGGUUUUGUGUGUAACGGUACAGGCUCCAUUGUCCUUAACAAGGGGGAACUUGGUGCGUGUGUAUCUGCAAAGAUAUCAAAGGCGACUCUAAAUCAACCAUGCUCUUCCGGUGCUGAUUGCGCAGACUCCGAAUGCUGUCUCAGCAAUAUGCGACCAAUAGGAAAGCGCUCCUUACAAACAGCACAUGGUCAUUGCUCUAGCAUGGCAACCGGUGGUUCAGGGUGCCUUGUCAAAAUGGGAUCCGGGAAGCCAAGCGGUACUGUCUAUUCGUGUCCCUGCCUAUCCGGACUUACAUGCCACGGGACUGGAAUGUAUGAUGUGCCACUCGGGGAAAUGGGAAGAUGUGGCAAGUGAAAAGAAAACUACAAAGAAAAAAGACUACAUCCGAUCCUUUUGUUUGGUUUCAGUCUAUGAAGUAUAUAAAUAAAAACUUUGACAGUCACAUAA